AUUACCUCAUCGACUCGAGCAAGCGGUGGGUUGCCUCCGAUAUAGAAAUCGAGUCGAACCUCCCUCCCGCCUACCACUCCUAGCCCGCGUGAAGGUAGGCGAGACAGCAUUUGGUCCCCGCUAACCCUUCAGUAAAUCUGGCUUGGCGAGGAGGUCAGUCAACCGAACUAAGCGGGCCGUUGCCGAGGCGAUGACGAGGACACGGGGCGCGCCCCAACGACCGGACCGAGCGACAAGACCGGGCGAGGAGGCGAACCGAGGUGCCCCCGGGCUCCGGGACUUCAACACCAUCGCCAAUACCAUGAAUACGGGGUACUCUGGUUAUUCAACCGCAGAUCUACACAGGAGCAACGCGCCUGGUGUAGGGACGUCCCAAUACCCGCCAGCAGCAGCGGCGGCACGACCGGCACCACCAACACCACAACCACCACCGACCGCACCAGUCUCCCCAACGACAUCCGAGCCCAGCUCCCGCGCGACUGCCCGCACUAUUGUCCCAGAGCGCAAGCUUUUCCUCGAAAACCAUCACGACGAAGACGAAGACGGCGACGACGACGACCUCGCAAGCUCGUCAGCGCCGCCAGCAGCAGCAGGAGGCCCCGACGACCUCGUCGGCGACGAGACGGCCACGCUGGCCGAGUACCCCUACUCGAUCUACAACCACGGCACGUGGACGGCGGAGGACGACAAGACGCUGAUCCAGGCGCGCACGCGGGGGCAGAACUGGGCGGAGCUGCAGCGGGCGCACUUCCCGGGCAAGACGGCCAACGCGUGCCGCAAGCGCUACGAGCGGCUGGUCGAGCGGCGCGGCAUCUACGACUACAGCGGCCGCCGGCUCGAGAUCAUCGCCAACGAGUACAUGGGCAUGCGCCGGGAUAUCUGGUCCGGGCUGGCGGACCGCGUCGGGAUGAAGUGGGAGGUCGUCGAGGCCUUGUGCAUGGGAGUCGGGUUGCGGACGAUCCAGUCGAACGCCAGGUCCUACACCAACCGGGCAAGAAGAGAAAGCAAGCUGGAGCAGAAGACGCGCGAGUCACAGGCCGAGGCGGUGAGCAUUGCGUCCAUGGGCCCGCCCCCCCUCGCGCAUCUGCCCCGGCCUCUGCCCAUGGCAGCAGAGCAGGGGACAACAUUUACGGACCGCGGGGCACUAGCUGGCGGCUGGCGGAGUGAUGCGAGCCUCAUGCCGCCUCCUCCAACCUGCGGACCACCCGGCGGACCCGGACCCCUUCCGGGAGGUCGCUUGCCGCCUAUCACCCUGACGCCGCUGGAGAACUUGGGCGGAUAUGGAAAUGGGGGUUUCGGAGCGCGGGGUGCUUUCUCGCAUCCUGCAGGCCCGCAGCAGCAGCAGCCGCCGCCGUCCGGGAUGGUGCCGGACUGGGGACCUGCCAAUGUGCGAGGACCCGAGUGAGAGGACAGUUCAGUGAACCAAUUCAAAACUGAAUCAACCGACGCCAUCCAUCUGCCGCCUAUAUAGAUCUAAGACAGGCUAGCACAGUUCAUUGAGCGUGCGUGGUGCGCAGGAGAUUGAUGCCCAGAUCCGACAGGACUGGUCACACACCGGCGUUCACCCGGCCAACGGG